GAAAACUCUCCUCUUUUUUUUUUUUGCCCCCCACCCCAUUUUUCAAGCAAAAGCAGCAUGGAGUUUCUGAGCCACAGUCAGACCCAGAGGAGGGGCUUUGUCGGAUGAGAAGGGGGAGAGAGUGGGAGAAAAAAGCCCGAGGAAGGUAAAGGGGGCACUUUGCCGCCGAGCUGCCUGGUACGGGAGCAACCUGAGCUAGUGAGAAUGCCACCGCCGCGUCGUUGUGAGGAACUGGCACAACCUGACCUCCAUGCGAAAACUGCUCUUGGCUGGGAACUGUGGGAGUUCAACUGAGCCGUUGGAAUACAUUGUCUCCAUCUGGGCGCACUAUCCCAUCGGCGGCGUUAACAAGGAAAGAAUUCCUCUAUCGCAGCUCCCACAACAAAGAAGAAAGGGAGAGGAGCAGGGCUGGUGGGAGGAGAAGUGAAGUGAGGGGAGGGGAGGGGAAGGGUGCACUGUGAGGGGAGAGGAGGACAUUGUUUGCCUGUGACUGUGGGCAACGGAAAAGCAUGAGUUAUCAGGGCAUGUGUGAGUGUGUUUAGAAAGUGUGUUUGUAUGCGAGCAUGUGUGAAUGAGUGGACUUGAUUGAGUGUGCGCUGGAGGUAGCAUGCAUGUUUGUGUUAGGAGGCUUCAGUUUGGGAUGUUGGAGUUGGGAGGCCGUUCAAAGGAUGCUCAAACAAAGCUGGGAUUUUUUUUCUCUCUCCCUCUCUCCCCUUUUUGAAUGGUGAUUAAGGACUAGCCGGAUUCCUUUACUCAUGCUGUUCUGCUCAACUCUCCUUCAGGGUAGCCGAGGGAUCUUCUGCAUGCAUGGCCCAGGGGCCUUACCUCACCUAUUACCUCUCUAGCCUUUGGGCUGAAGGAUUAUGGGCAACCUCAUCAGUAGGCCCAGCUGCCUGGGCCAGAAGUCCAAGCAUGUGAGAUCGGACGAAGACUUCCUGAAGGAGUGUUACCAAAGGCCAAGAGAGUGGCAACCUCCGGAGCAACAUGGGGAGGCCAAAAGAGAUGAGGUUCUCAAAGAUAAAGAAAGAGAGGACACAAGCAAGGAAAAGGAGGUGGAGAAAGACAAGGAGUCACAGAAAAUCGAUGAUAGGAGGGAGAAUGGCGCUCAUACUCCUAUUUCGGAUAAACCCCUCCAAAGCUCUCCUGCCUCAACAAUCAGGAGUACAAGUACUCUGGAAAAUGCCUGGCACAGUAGUCCUUCUCCAAUAAAAACAUCCCGAAAUGGGACACUUACAAGGAGGACAGUUCCCCCGGAGUUUGCCAGGUCCCCCCUGGCUCACCCAGAGAAGAGCGCUGCAGAGAGGAGAGCCAGCUUUCAGAGGAGGGACUCUAGAGAAGGAAGUCCCUGGUCCUGGAAGACCAUGGCAUCACGUGAGGUCACUGAAGUGACGGAGGUGACAGAGACAAUUGUAACAGAAAUUGUGGAAGUGACAGAGUAUCCGACAGGAGAAAAAGGAGGGAACCCCAUAGUCACCAGAACUGUUAGAGUCCUGAAUGGCGUUGCAGAGGAACUCGCUGAGCUUCAAAGUGAUGGACAUUCGAGCUCAGACCAAGAUUCUAGUGUGGAUAGAUGGAGGGGAACAAGAUCUGCCUUGGCACUCAAGGAUGCGUCAACAGAUUCUGAAUCAUUUCUCCAAAACCUGGAGGCUUUGCUCACAUGGGUCAGUGAGAUAGAGGAGCUCACAGCCAAUCAGAAACCCCCGUCCUCGGAGGUGAAAGUGGUGAAAGCGCAGCUCCAAGAGCAAAAGCUUUUGCUGCGCCUCCUGACAGACCGAAGGCGUAGCAUGGACUCUAUGAUGUUGGAGGGCCCUCGGCUUGUGGAGGCCCACCCAGGAGAGGAGGGGGAGCAGGCAAAGGUCAAGCUCUCCGCUCUCAAACAGAAGUGGGAGGCCUUGCAGCUGGAGGCAGAGCAAAGGAGGACGAGUUUGGAGCUCGUGCUGCCCAUGGCCAAGCUCUUCCAGGAAGGGGUAGACAGCUUGCAGCAGUGGCUAAUAUCUGUGGAGCAAACCCUAGCUGAACUGCGCAAUGCAGAGAGAGUGAUGCUACAUCUCCCAGAGGCAACAGAUCGGGCCAAGGCUGUUGUUGAAGAGAUUCAGAUAAAAACUGCUGGACUGGCAGAAAUGCAGAAGUCAGGGCACAAUCUAAUGGAAGCAAUUUCAGAGGAGGAGGCCCAACAGGUACAGGAGAAGAUGGAUGCUCUGCGAAUCCGCUGCUCCGUGCUGAGUCUAAGCAGUCUGGAUGUGCUGCAGAGGCUGGAGCAGGCCCUAGAGGCCUCCAGUCGUUGCACCUCUAGCCAGGAAGACCUCCACCUGUGGCUGGGCCGCAUCGAGAGGGAGCUCUUGGGGGCAGCAGGAGCACAGACCCAUGCUGGAGAUGCUGUACUAUGUGCAGCUGAGAGACAGAGGCUGGAACAGGCGGUGGUAAAGGAGAUGGCUUGGUUCAAAGACACAGCGCUCAGUCUUGAAAAGCUGAAAACUAUUACUCUGGAUCCAGAGCCGAUAGCAGAACAACUCUAUGAGCAGAAGAUUUUAGCAGUGGAGAUUCUUCAACACAGAUUCAACAUCGAGAAGAUGGUGAAGAUUGCUGAAAUCCUGAUGACGUACAGCGAAGACGGAGACAGCGGGGAUCUUCGGACCCCAAUAGAGGCCUUACAGGAACAAUGCAACACCACCUCAGCCACGAAUUCCCACGUGGUCCUGCAGCUUGAGCAUGCUCAGUCGCUUCUUCUCCAGUUCUCAGAGGGAAUGGCUGAGGUUUCACCUUGGCUCGAAGAAACUCAAACCCUCAUUGGCCAGCUCUCCUUGAGCACAAUUAGCUAUGAAGCAUUUAGGGAACAGCAGGACCUCUUACAGGGUCUGAGGGAGUCUAUAGCGGAACACAAACCUUUGAUUGCACGUGUGUGCUCUUUGGCCAAACGCUUGUCAGAACUUAACCCCAGUCAGGGGGACGAGUUUUGUCGCAAGGCAGCAGAGGCCGAGGAGCAGCAUAGAGCCAUCAGGGAGCGGGUCAAAGAGACAGCAAUUCUACUCGAGGAAUCCUUGCCUCGGUUCACUCAGUUAAAUGAGAGGAUGACUCUUAUCAGAGAAAGUCUGGACCGCCUGCGCAGUCGUGUUCAGUCGCCCACCUCACUUCAGGGUCUCACCCCAAGGAUCCAGGAGCAGCUGCAGGACAACAAGCAAACACUGGCUGAGCUGUCCAAGCUAGAGCUGGGCCUCAGCACUGUCAGAACACAGGCAGAUGAACUGCUGGCUAACACUCAGGCAGCUGGCGAUGGCUCCAUCGGCACAGCUAUCCAAGAGCGAGUGUCCAACUUGUCCCGGCUGUGGGAUGAGACACACAAUCAGUCCCAGGAGAGGGAAAGCUGGUUGCUGAAGCUCUUGGAUCUCGCCAUGAAGUUCUGGAGUGAUGUCAGCGAUGUCACGACUGCUCUCAGUGACGCUCAGCAGGCCGUUCUGGAUCUCAACGCUAGUCGGACAGACUCUGAAACAAUCCGUCAGAGCCUCGAAUCCAUGCAGACUCUCAGGGAGGAUAUAGAUAGUUUGCAGGGAGACCUGGACACCCUUGGCGUCGUGGGAAUGGACCUGAUGUCAGCAUGUGGGGAUACUGACAAACCAGAUGUCACAAGGAGCCUCGAUGAACUCUAUUGUACAUGGAACAACUUGAGCAAACUAUGGAACGACAGCCACAAAAAGCUGGAGGAGUCCUUGCAGAUGGCACUGCAUUAUCAAGACACCAUGCAGGGUCUGUUUGAGUGGUUGAAGUCAGCUGAGUUGAGGUCCACAGAGGAAUUCAUGGUGGGAACGGACCUGGAAUCUGUCAAAGAGCAGCUAUGUGACCUCAAGGAAUUUAAGCGGGAGCUUUACCAGAAGAAGAUCGAGAUAGAAAGCAUGAACCAUCGCUUUGUGUGCCGACUGUCUCCAGGCUCAGAGCGUCCAGGCUCCGUCUCACCGCUGUGUGACUUCAGACAGCGUUGGGACAGCCUGGAGUCAGAGACUGUCAGCAGACAGCAUCAGCUGGAGUGUGCUCUCUUGGGUCUGGGCCAGUUUCAAAAUACGUUGGAUGAGCUGCACACAUGGCUCUCCCGGACUGCCGAGCAGCUGCAGGGCGGUCAGCCAAUCAGCAUUGACCUGCAGGCCUGUGAAAUAGAGCUGGCCAAACACAAGGUGCUGCGGAAUGACGUCAUGUCCCACGUUCGCACGGUGGAGUCGCUCAACAAGGCAGGCAGGGGUCUGCUGGAGGUCGGGUCUGGAGACAGCCCACACGGUCUGCAGUCUCGGCUGGAUGACCUCAAUGAAAGCUGGGAGUUCGUCCGUUGUGAGACUGAACGCAGGCAGCUGGAAUUAGAAAACAGACUGAGUCAGGUGCAAGAUGUUACAAUGGAGAUUCAGGAUCUUCUACAGUGGCUUGAGAGCACAGACCUGAGACUGUCCUCCUCCAAAACCACGUGGGGCAUGCCAGACUCUGCAAGUGAAAGACUCAGUGCACACAUGGAGUUGUGCAACGAGAUGGAGUCAAAGCUCCACACCUACACGGACGUGAAGAACGCCAUCCACAGGAUGCUGGAGAGCAGCGACGUCGUCCGGGGAUCGAGCACCGAACACAGCUUAUGCAUUCUCGAACAGAAAUGGGCGUCCGUUUACAGCAAAGUCCAGGAGCGGAAGGCAAAACUUACAGAGGGACUGAGUCUGGCCAAAGAGUUUCACAGCAGUGUCCAAGAACUUCUCACUAAGAUGAGCAAAUGUGAGGAAUCUAUUGGGCUUCUUCCUGCCCCCAGCUUUGUUCUGGAGACAGUUUGUACUCAACUGCAAGAUCACAGAACACUAGUGAAUGAGGUGAACAGCUACGGUGAGAAAAAACACACAGUGGAGAGCGCAGGCUGCAGGCUGACAGAGCUGAGCAGGAAGGAGGACUGCGACGUCGUUCAUAAUCUAAUCAUGACCGUCCAGGAUCGAUACAAAAAGCUACAGCAGCGCGCUUCAGAAAGAGGCAGGACUCUGGAGGAAGUUAAAAAGAACGCCAAACAGUUUAACGAAUCUUGGCGCCUCCUAGUGGAGUGGAUGACAGAGGCGGAACAGACUCUGGACACGCAUAAAGAGAUAGCGGUGACCCAUGAGGAGAUUAAACAACAGCUGACCGAACAGAAGGAGUUCCAGAAACUGCUGAGGUCGAAGAGGCCUAUGUACGAGGCCACGCUGAAAAGUGGCCGCAGCCUCCACGAAAGAGCUCAAACCGGCCACGACAGGCAGCACGUGGAGAACCUGCUGGCUGAACUCAAGGACACAUGGGACACCAUUAGUGGCAAGUCUAUGGAGAGACAACAUAAGCUGGAGGAAGCGUUGCUGUUCUCGGGAAGAUUCACGGACGCUCUGCAGGCGCUGAACGACUGGCUGUAUAGAGCAGAGCCCCAGCUAGCCGAGGAUGUUCCUGUCGGCGGAGACAAAGACAUCGUCAACAAUCUCAUAGACAAACACAAGGCCUUCCAGAAGGAGCUGGGUAAGCGAGCUGGAUGCAUUAGGACCCUAAAGCGAUCUGUGAGGGAUCUGACCAGGAGCAGCACGGCCGACGCUCACUGGCUGCAGCAGCAGAUGGACGAGCUGGAGGGUCGCUGGGAGGCUGUGUGCAAGCUCUCGGUCAGAAAGCAGGACAGGCUGGAGGCUGCACUUCAGCAGGCUGAGAAGUUCGAUGGCCUUGUUCACGCUUUCAUGGGGCGGCUCACCGAGGCAGAGAGGAUACUAAAAUACGGGGUCAUACCCGAGGAGGAGGAAGGCUUGCUUACCUUCCGCAAACAACACGAGGAGUCACUGGGUGCAUUGCAGGCUCAGGCAGUGGAUUUAGAGACCAUCCAGUGUCUGGGUGAGGAGCUCCUGGCCUCCUGUCACCCAGACUCCAUAAUCACCCUCAAGUCUUGGAUCAGUGUCACUAAGACCCGCUAUGAAGAGGUUCAGACCUGGGCCCAUCAGCAGGGCCAGAAGAUCCAGGCCAGCUUGUCAGCGCUGGAGGCAGAGAGAGAGGAGGUCCAGAGAUUACUGGACUGGAUCUCCUCAGCAGAGGAAUCCCUCAGCCUCAGAGAUCAAGAGCCUCUGCCUGACACCUCGGAGCAGAACCAAGAACUAAUCGAGCAGCACACAGUGUUCAUGGAGGAGUUGAAUAAAAAGUUCCCAGAAGUCGAACAUGCCACCAAAUCCUGCAAACAAAAGAGGGUUUCUAAACUGCAAGUUUCCCCCAGCAAACGCCCGCUCGCAAAGAGGAGGAGCGCUCUGAAGCUGCAGCCCGCUGUACCAGUGCCCCUGGAUCACCUCGAGCCCCAGACCCCACAGCUCAGUCAGCUGGUCAGUCAGUGGCAGAAACUUUGGCUCCUGGCAGCGGCGAGGCAAACCCGCCUGGAACAACACCUGCAAAUGCUCAAAGAGAUGGAAGAAUUUGCAAACUUCGACUUUAAUAUUUGGCGGAAGCGUUACAUCCAGUGGAUCAGUCACUUGAAGUCUCGGAUCUUGGACGUGUUUCGCACCAUUGACAGGGACCAGGAUGGACGCAUCAGCCAGAAGGAGUUCAUUGAUUAUGUCCUCGCCUCUAAAUUCCCAACCAACUCCCUGGAGAUGAACGCAGUGGCGAGCAUAUUCGACAUGAACAGCGACGGCUUCAUUGACUACUAUGAGUUUGUGAGCGCGCUCCAUCCUAGCAGAGACCCCUACAGAAAAACCCUGGAUGCAGAUCAGAUCAAUGAAGAGGUGAGUCGCCAGGUGUCCCAGUGCAACUGCCCCAAGAGAUUCCAAGUGGAGCAAAUAAGUGCCAACAGAUACAGGUUUGGAGAUUCCCAACAGUUGCGGAUGGUUCGAAUCCUGCGCAGCACGUUGAUGGUCAGAGUCGGGGGAGGCUGGACUGCUCUCGACGAGUUCCUGGUCAAGAACGACCCCUGCAGAGUCAAAGGUCGGACCAAUCUGAAGAUCAAGGAGAAGUACUUGUCCCCGGCGGGAAGCACUUCUAAGGGUCUGACUGUCAGCAGGUCCAACUCAAGCCUCAGUCUCUACAGCAGUGCCUCGGCCCCCACCAGCCCCAUGACACGCAAGGCAUUGCUGCGCAGAAGUUUCUCAGGGGACCGCUGCAUCCGUCCUAGGAGUUCCAUAGCUGCUUUGGGCUCCGAUCUACAGUUUGCCACAGCAGGAGAGGACAACUCCCCCUCCCCGUCAGACGAAGCGGAGAAGUUGCCCACAUGAUCACUCCCCCCCACCUCCGAGCACCACGCGUCGCGUAUGCUGCACCGAUCGACCCAGACACAACCUCGGGGUCCGCGAAGCGGAGCAAACGUGCAAAGCGAUAGAGGGUUCUGAAAAACAAUGCAGUAUGUCACAUCUGAUCAGCAGAAGGGGAAAAAAAGGGGCGGGAGAGGUCACCAGCAGCUGGAUGCUGGAGGGUCCGCAAAAGAUGAUGUCUCAAUGUGGACAAGAGAGGGGGCAGUCCAGACUCAAGACAGAGGCGUCUCUUGUCCCCUCUUACAAUUACACACAUUAGUAUCUGAUUGCGUAGAGAGUAGGCAGUUCUGCAUGGACACUUACUGCAUGGUAGCCAGAGCUUUGCUGAUAUAAGAGUUUUUUUUGCCAAGCUUGCUUUUGCGGUUGCAAAGAUGAGGUAAAUGAGACGGUACCAGAACCAAACAGUGAUACUCGCAGGUAUCGCUAAUAGGCUUACCAGGUUUAAAAGUGACAUACAGCUAGAACACACUUACAGGCGGCCGUACAGUUGUACUGUCUGACUCUUCCCACCAAGCAUCCAAAAAAAAGAACACACAUAAACCAAAUCCAGAAGACGAUAUUGUUGGCAGGGCCACACUGUUUGUUUUUUCUUUUUUCGUCUUGUACCUUUAUCUACACCAUGUCUUCAGAUAAUUUUGUACUUUCUUAUUCUUUAUCGUGAGGAUGUUUGAAACACCGGAGACCGUGUAAUGAAUGAUGCACUGGAGUGAGACGGGCCAUUGUUGAUUUGUAGAGAUUAUUUUCUCAGGACUGGUUUCGCCUUUGGACGUACGUGUUUCCAUGGAACGUUACUGUGAAGGUGUAGAUGUUGUGUUGUUUUCCCCUAAUAACACUGGAAUUUGUAGCAAAGCUUUCUGUAGCACGUUCUUUUCAUAAAUAUGCACUUUUGCGUGUCCGACCACUGUAGAUAUGUGAUUUGGCGAAGCGUGGGGAAAGAGCGGCAGUUGCCAUGAGCGAGAGAAUUAACUUUGAAAAAUCGAGCGGAAACGAUUUUGGUUUGUGUUUUGAUAAAAGUGAAGAAUUUAAAGUGUUUUAUGCGAAUGCACUGGAGGUGAUACUGCAGGGUUGAACAGAGUAGUUCUUUCAGUUGAAUCUGUCUUUUUUUUUUUAACAAAAGCAGUUUUCCGAAUUUGAUGUUUAAGUGCUCUGAUUUCCAGUCACUUAAUAAGUAUGUAGAUUGCUCCACUCUUAAUGGUCAAACAAAUACGUACUGUUCAAGCAAAAAAAAAAAAAAAAAUUUCUUGACAAGGAAACAGCUGCAGCUUCACCCUCUACGCAGGCUGUUCCGUGUUGCACUGUGCCUGGCUUUUCCUGGUUUCCUUAUAGACCAAUUAAUACGUAUUGAUACGUUAUCAACAGUAACUGCUAUAUUUGUAAGUGUCCCUUUGUACUAGCUCUACCUGAGGUAAAAGACAGUAGCGUAUGUAAUCACAUUUGGUCUAUGCAGUUGUCAAGGGGAUUUUUUUAAAGUCAAAAAAUGUUUUUACGUGACCUUUUCCUCUUUGCCUCACAUUUGGACAAGCUUGAUAAUUUACUGUACUGUAAAAAAGAAAAGAGAAAAAAAAAGAAAAAACAGCCAGAUUUCACCUCUAUUGCUAUGCACCCUGAUCUUUCUAUACUGUAAAUGUUUCUAUACCCAGCACUCAUUCUGUCGUCUGAUUUAGGGAAAAACUGUAGAUGAAUGUCACUAAUAAUUUUACAUCCACUUGUAUAAAAAUAAAUCUUUUUGUAAUAAAA